CCGCAACGGUCCGGCACGGCAGAGAGAAAUUAAAAGGUUGUUUCCAUAACAGGAAAAAUAAAAAAAGAAAAUAAAAAAAGAAGAAGAAAAAAAAUGGGAGAAAGAAACGAAACCAACAUCAGUCACUAACUCACUCGCGAAAAAGCGACCCAAGCUUUAUUCUGGCUUCUUCUGUACAGCACCGAGGUGAAAGGUUGAAGAUGGUAGACUUUGCUCGCGUGCAGAAGGAGCUCGUGGAAUGCAGCAAGGACGCGGAGGGAUCGGGCAUCAAAGUGAGUCCCAAAAGCGACAACCUCGUCCUCUUGAUCGGCACCAUUCCUGGUCCUCUCGGAACGCCCUAUGAAGGGGGCAUUUUCCAGAUUGACAUCACAUUACCCGAUGGAUACCCGUUUGAACCCCCCAAGAUGCAGUUUAAAACCAAAGUCUGGCACCCUAAUAUCAGCAGCCAGAGUGGAGCUAUUUGCCUGGACAUCUUGAAGGACCAGUGGAGCCCAGCACUCACACUGAAGACUGCACUUCUUUCUGUGCAAGCACUUCUCUCUGCUCCUCAGCCUGAUGAUCCUCAAGAUGCUGUGGUGGCACAGCAGUAUCUGAAAGACUAUCAGACAUUUGUUAACACUGCUCGCUACUGGACAGAGAGUUUUGCUAAGGAAUCGUCUCGUGGGAUUGAAGAUAAGGUACAGAAACUCGUAGAGAUGGGAUUUCCAGAAGCUCAAGUAAGGAGCAUUUUGGAAGCUGUUGGUGGUGAUGAAAACGUGGCUCUUGAAAGGUUGCUGUUGCCGCAAGGGUGAAAUAUCGUCUAAAGAGAUUUGAUCAUGAUCAAGUUUUAGGAUGACAUCGCCAUAAUAUGAUGGAACCAUAUAGACAAAAAGGGUUAAUUGAAUAUAGAGUCAUAUAAAUCAACUUGGCAUAUCGUAUAGUCCUUUUGUUUUACUCUGCCUUCUUUUCUUCUCGGAAACUUUGGUACUCGACUAUUUCCUAAUGUUAUAUAAGAUGUGAAAUUAAAUAUACUUUAUUGGCAAGGUUUCUG